AUGGAGCAGCAAGAAAAUCAAAUGUACAGAGAAAGGUUCUCCUGUUCGAUCUGUCUGGAUCUACUGAAGGAUCCGGUGACUACUGUCUGUAGACACAGCUACUGUAAGAGCUGUAUUAACACCUACUGGGACAAAGAGGAGGAGAGAGGAAGCUACAGCUGUCCUCAGUGUAGACAGACCUUCACACCGAGGCCUGUCCUGGAGACAAACACCAUGUUAGCUGAUUCACUGGAGGAGCUGAAGAAGACUGGACUCCUAGCUGCUCCUGCUGAUCACUGCUAUGCUGGACCUGAAGAUGUGGCCUGUGAUGUCUGCACUGGGAGAAAACUGAAAGCUCUCAAGUCCUGUUUGAAUUGUUUGGCCUCUUAUUGUGAAAAACACCUCCAGCGUCAUCUUCAGUCAGCUGCAUUGAAGAAGCACAAGCUGGUGGAGCCCUCGGAGAAGCUGCAGGAGAACAUCUGCUCUCGUCACGACGAGGUGAUGAAGAUGUUCUGCCGCACUGAUCAGCAGUGUAUCUGUUAUCUCUGCUCUGUGGAGGAACAUAAAGACCACGACACAGUGUCAGCUGCAGCAGAAAGGACUGAGAGGCAGAGAGAGCUCGGGCUGAGGAGACAAACAAUCCAGCAGAGAGUCCAGGACACAGAGAAAGACGUGAAGCUGCUUCAACCGGAGGAGGAGGCCGUCAAUGGCUCUGCUGAUAAAGCAGUGGAGGACAGUGAGGAGAUCUUCACUGAGAUGAUCCGUCUGCUGGAGGAAAGAAGCUCUGAUGUGGAGCAGCAGAUCAGAUCCCAGCAGGAAACUGAAGUGAGUCGAGUCAGAGAGCUUCAGGAGAGACUGGAGCAGGAGAUCACUGAGCUGAAGAGGAAAGACCAUGAACUGAAGCAGCUCUCAGACACAGAGGAUCACAACCAGUUUUUACACAACUACCCCUCACUGUCACCACUCAGUGAAUCUACACACUCAUUCAGCUUCAGGAUCCGUCCUCUGAGGGACCUUGAGGACGUGACAGCAGCUGUGUCACAGGUCAGAGGUCGACUACAGGACAUUCUGAGUGAGACAGAGACAGAGAUUUCACAGAUUGUGUCUCAAGUGGAUGUUUUACUGCGACGACCAGAGCCAGAGACCAGAGCUGACUUCUUAAAAUAUUCACAGGAAAUCACACUGGAUCCAAACACAGCAAACAGAUAUCUGUUAUUAUCUGAGGGAAACAGAAAAGUAACGAGUAUGAGAGAAGAACAGUCGUAUUCUGAUCACCCAGACAGAUUCAUUAAUUGGUGUCAGGUCCUGAGUAGAGAGAGUCUGACUGGACGUUGUUACUGGGAGGUGGAGGUGGGAGGGGGGAGAGUAGUUUAUGUAGCAGUCACAUACAAGAAUAUCACCAGAGCAGGAACCUCACCUGAAUGUGGAUUUGGACACAAUGAUAAAUCUUGGUCAUUAAUUUGUUAUGCAAACAGUUAUGACUUUUAUCACAACAGGAUCAAGACUCUAGUGUCAGGUCCUGUGUCCUCCAGAAUAGGAGUGUACCUGGAUCACAGUGCAGGUGUUCUGUCCUUCUACAGCGUCUCUGACACCAUGACUCUCCUCCACAGAGUCCAGACCACAUUCACUCAGCCUCUCUAUGCUGGAGUUUGGGUUGAUUGGUACAAAUCCACAGCUGAGUUCUGUAAACUCAAAUAGACUCGAGUCAUUAAAAGCAGUGAUUUAGAUUCUGUGUGUAAAUCUUUAACUUCUUUUGUCUCCAUGUUUGUUGAUCAAAGUUCGUCGUGGUGACGUUUCUGCUCCGCACAGAGAUCAGCUGUCAAUCAAACACUGACCUUCCUUUAUCACACAUAUUUAGUUCUCACUUUGUAAAGACAGAAAUCUAUAAUUACACUGACAUGAAUGUGUUUGAAAGAACUAAUGUU